AUGGCUUCCUUAGUAGAGUUAUCGGAUAAUGAAUAUGAUGAAGUAGUGGUUGAUUAUAGUCCUAUUAAUGAUGAAGGUGGCGAAGCACCCGAGGUUGAUGAUGGUGUCGAAGAACCGAAGGUUGGAAUGACCUUUUCUAGUGAGGAAGAAGUUCGGUCUUACUAUAUGAAGUAUGCUAAGCAGAAAAGUCCAGGGAAAUCCAGACACUUUAGAUGUUUCAAGAAGGUAGAUGGGAGGGUUAAAAAAAGGCUUGAAAUAAAUGAUGAGGCCGGAAUACGUACGUUAAAGACUUUCAAGAGUGUAGUUGUUGAAGCGGGGGGUUAUGAGAAUGUGCCAUUCGGGGAGAGAGAAUGUCGAAACUAUAUUGAGAAAGCACGUCAAUUUCGCCUCGGAGUUGGAGGCGUUGAAGCUUUAAUGAACUACUUCCAGGAUAUGCAAAAAAAAAAUGCUGACUUUUAUUAUGCGAUAGAUGUGGGUGCUGACAUGAGGUUAAAGAAUGUCUUUUGGGCAGAUGCCAGAAGUAGAGCUGCAUAUCAAUCAUUCGGGGAUGUGAUCACUUUUGAUACAACAUACCUUACCAAUGCAUAUAAAAUGCCUUUUGUACCAUUUGUUGGUGUCAACCAUCAUGGUCAAUCAAUCUUAUUUGGGUGUGGAUUGAUAUCCAAUGAGGAUGCACAUACUUUUGAGUGGUUGUUUGAGUCAUGGUUGAAAUGUAUGAAUGACCAACCACCAAAUGCAAUCAUUACCGACCAAGACAAGGCGAUGCAACUUGCAAUUGCCAGGGUGUUCCCAUCGUCGAGGCAUCGCUUUUGUUUGUGGCAUAUCAUGAAGAAACUUCCAAAGAAAUUCGGGUCACAUUCUCAAUAUAACGAGAUCAAGAGUAGUCUACACAAAUGUGUGUAUGACUCGUUAAGUGAGAAUGAGUUUGAAGAAGGAUGGUGCGAAAUGCUUGACACGUAUGAUCUACGCGAUAAUGGAUGGUUGGGAUCUCUUUAUGUUGAUAGGCGGUUUUGGGUGCCGGCGUACGUUAAAUGGACGUUUUGGGUUGGAAUGUCAACUACACAAUGUAGUGAAGGCAUGAAUGCAUUUUUUGAUGACUACAUUCACUCUAGGACCGAAUUGAAACAAUUUGUUGAGCAGUAUGAUUCAACCCUUAUGAGGAAGGCAGAGAAUGAACGAAUUGCUGACUUCAGUUCAUUUAACACUGAGAUUCCUUGCAUCUCCCGCUACCCUAUCGAGAAGCAAUUUCAAAAAACAUACACAAUUGCCAAGUUUAAGGAAGUCCAAGAAGAAUUCUGA